GGGGUUCAGAGGAUUUAAAGACAAGAUGCGAAUGCAGAAAACGGCAUCGGUCGGUGAGCAGGUCACAAUGCAGGCAGCGUUCCCCCUUGUCAACCCCGUUCCAUCCCCUCCACAAACGGGACAUCUGUGCCCACCAGCACUCCGCCAGUGACGUGUGAUGGCCAGCCACGACGCGCACCCUGGAAAUAAGAACUGCACCCCACAGAACGACAAUUGAACCCGCAUUAUCCAAUCCUCUCCUGCAGAUUAGUCCUUUUACAAGUAUCCUUUCUAAUUCCCGUCUCUAGGUAUGUCUACUCUUUUUUUUUGUCGCUUAUCCUGUAUCUGGCAGCCAUUCGCGUGUCCUGUUUCCAAGUUCCCUGUAAUCCUGAUGCUGCCCUGUUUCCACAUGUCGUGCCUGGCGUGCCCCGGCGAGCCUGAUUAAUAACCUCCCGCUACGCCGUCGCCUGUGCCUUUGCCUGCUCCAUUCUCCUAGCCUCUUCUUGCUUCAUUUUCUCCCAUCUUUUCACCCGUUCGGGCACUAUCCGCUGCCUGGGGGCCUUGAUACCCCAAUCCAAAGGGGGCUCCUUCCCCAGGGCUCGCAAAGUCCUGAGCUCAACGAGACUAUAGUCACCGUCCGGCCUGUUAAAGCAGAAGGGCGCCCGCAGCAUGACCGGCGGGUUCAGGAUUAUGCGAGCACGGCGAAGCGGGUUUGAUGACGCCGAAUGCAGCAUCAGCGGGUGCAGCAGAUAGACGUCGCCUACGUCGCCCGUCGCCUCCACAAACUGUGUCGAACUCGCGGCCAAGUUGUUGAACCACUCCAGGUUUCUCUCUUUCUCGAAGUCGGGCUCCCCGCGAGGGACCAUGCGGGGCGAUACUCCUUCGGGGUGCUGAUACAGGUGGUGCGCGACUGCCGACAUUGCGUCGGGCGCAAUUACCGUGCCCCCUCCCCCCUCCACAAUAUCUGUGAAUAGAGGGAUUAUCAGGAGGCCCUGCUCGGGGCUGUCCAGGUACUGCGCGGCAUGUUUAACAUUAGCCAAGCGUUCAGGUACCUUGCCAGGGUGUGGCCCACGUCCCAACGCUUCUCACGUACGUGGACGAAGAAAUCACCAUCGACAUGCCAUCCAUCUAGAUCCCGGGGUGGGACAUCGACACCACCUGGACUCCCGAGAUUAACUAUAAAGGUGUCUCUCCAGUUGCGGUACUUUUGUCCGUUGGUGACAUGCCAAGACGCACCCAGACAUCCUUAGUCAUCUCCUCGGCCUGUUGUCUGGUGAAUGCACCCUUGACCCUAUCAACCAGAACACAGUCAGGUCAGUAUGCAGAAGUGCUGGUGAUUGAUGUUGUUGGUGAAUCCACUUCUUGAGGUGCUAGCCGGGCAGUGUAGUGGUGGCAUACUUGAUCCAGCCGUGCUCAAGGAAGUGCUCCUUUUCGGCAUCAGUCAGCACACUUCCAUGUGCCAUUGUUUCCACUGGAGCUGGCCGCGUAGAGUAUUCACGUUCAAAAGUUCAUAGGUGUCUUAGGGGAGUAGAUGAUAUCCUAUCCUGACGCUACCUAGGUAUGUAGGCACCUAGGUAGGUCCCUACUGAUUUAUACCUCAUGACCGACGUGCCGAUGGAUCCCGCCAGCCAGACACAUGAGCCACCUGUGCGGGGAACUCGUCCGAAGCUGCAGAUCGUCGGUUGUUGUUCACCCGGUCUUACUCUAAUGGGGAAAGUUGAUAUGCAUGCAUUGAGGUGGCCCAUGAUGCUGGACCCACAUAUUUUUUCUUUCCGUUCGCGACGGGAGCUGUGAGUUCGGCGCGCUCGGGCAGCUGGAGAAGCUCAUUCUGUCCACCUUACACUUAUCUCCUAUCCAGCCGGAGCUGCAAAUCUCUGGAGAACAUCCAUUGUCCAACCUAGACCUCUACCUUCCCUCAGGUACUAAAUAUUUCAGACUCGCGCUCGCGCAGACAGCGCCGCCAAUCGACGAUCCCCAAACAUCGCCUCCCAACCUUGGUCCCUUCGCAACCCACAAGCGCCUCACCUACCAUAAUGGAGUUCGCGGCAGAUCCGGACGACCAGUACAUCUCCUCGGAGGAUUCGGAUUUCGCACCUGACGAGGAUGGUGCGCGCGAUGCGUCCCCAGAGGAUGCAGACGACGAUGAUGCCGAACAUGCUGGAGCGACAAAGCGGAAACGACCAUCUGGGGAUGACGAAGCUGGUGACGCGGGGUUCGAGAACUCCGGAGACGAAGCUAUCAUCCAAAAGGCAAAGAACAAGCGGCGCAGGAAAGGAAAGGAGCUCGAGGCCGGGCAAGAUGACGAGAGCGGAGGUCAGGGUGGGCUGAUCAAAACUCGGAGCCAGCGCGCAUUAGAGAAAUCCGAACGGAAAACCUUUGCCGCCAGUGGACAGGUGACCAUCGACGUCGAUUCGUUAUGGGCCGAGAUGAAUCGACCUCAGCCCCCAGCGCGACUAGAUUUGCCAGGAAAGCAGGUCAGCGAGACGACCGCAGGUGCUGUCAGUGACGCCAGAGACGCUUCCACUGCGUCGCAGACAGCUGUGGCCAGCGCCUCUCCCAACCAAGACUCAUCCCGCAUGGUAAAGAUCAAACGGACAUACAAUUUCGCGGGUAAAGUCCACACCGAGGAAAAGCUUGUCCCAUGGGACUCGGCAGAGGCAAAGUUAUAUAUGGAGACGUCAGCCGAAGCUACAGACCCGAGUAGCACUGAGCAACCAAAGCGCAGACCAAGGAAAGCGUUCAGAUCAAUAUUCGAACCGGCUCCGGAGCAACUGAUGCAACGAACGGACCUGAACUUGGGCAUUGCGGCAAGAAUGAAGGCAAGAGAGGGGGGCAACGGGUCUGAGCCCAAGAAGCUCACCACGUUGGAAAAGAGCCGAGUUGAUUGGGCUGGCUAUGUGGACAAGGAAGGCAUUCAGGACGAACUGAAACUCGCCGGCAAGUCAAAGCACUCGUACACUGAGCGCCAGGGUUUCUUGGCUCGAAGCGAGGCCCGCAGAGAAGACGACGCCAGGAAAGCUCGGCUGGCUACCCGGGUAUGAUGAACACCACUUGUUGGCGGGGUCACGCAGCAGUAUUGACAUUAGUCCACGCCGACUGUGCGUGGUAUGCUCGGAACGUUACUUGCGUAUUGCCAGAGAUAACCUCUGUCACCAUCAAGAGCUACAGCUUCGACCCGCUCGUCGUCUUGGAGCUAUCGUACCUCUUUCCCUCGUCAUCUUGCUCUUCAACUGUCAGGUCGGGGAGCUUGACGGGCAUUAUCCUUCGGGGAUAGGCCCCUGGGACAACGGAGUACCCAGAGAAAUCGGUCACGCCCCCAUGAAGUCGGAGGAAAUCUUCGUCAAGCGCCAGAAGCCCAUUCACGCUAGAUGCAGGAGCCCUGAGGAUGGCCAAGAUGGCAUCGGAGAAAAUGGUCGGCUUCCUCAAAUCCUUGGCCUCGUCAGGGUGUUCUCGAGUAAAUCUCACUGUGGCCGCUGACUCGAUAGCCUGAGGCAACGAGGACGGCAAGAAGAUAUAUGGUUAACGGAGGCGUUAUCUGUGUGAAGAUAGGGAGGAGCGUACUGACAACAGCAGGCCAGAUACUUGUGAUUGCCAUGUCGCUGAGCCCCUCCCUCUGGAGAUCCAUGGCCAGGCCCAUGGUGAGAACCGACAUGCCCAUCUUCCCCAUGGCGUAGGCGGUUUUGCCUCUCGCGAAGCGACUGUAAAUGGGUGGGCUCACAACGACCAGACGCCCAGUUUUCCUCUCCUUGAGAUGGGGUAGGGAUGCUUGAACAACACCGUACAACCCUUCCGGAUUGACUUGUUGCAUAAGCUGGAAUCGUUUCAUCGGGGUGUCUUGAACGGCGGCCCACCAUAUAGCCCCCGAAUUAUAAAUCACCACAUCGAUGCGGCCGUAUACCUGUGUGAUAUUCACGAUUAUCAUCAUGGCUCUUCUUCC